UGUUUCUAAUGCAUGAAAGAACUAUCAGUGAUGGUGCUGGCUUCAGUUUGGUGUAUGGCAAGAAAUCAAGCUAUUUAACGAUCAUGAAUUUUUACAAAUUGUAUUUAUUAAAGUGUAUUACGUUGGAAAUGCGAUGAGAGACUUUCGGUAUCUGGUUUCAUUAAAUAUCAGGCACAUUGUUCAACUUGAAGCGCAUGUCUAUGCAACUGUGUUUGUGCCAGUGAGCCAGUCUGUCUAAGUCUCGAUUGAAGAAAAUGAUUAAAAAUGCUAUUGCCAUUAUGAUAGAGAACAUAUUUUCUGAUUGAAUAUGUCGAAAUGAAUGCAGUAAAAUUAUAUGUUUCGACUUGUCGCCUUGUUUUGAAGGCUGACUUUGAAAAAGAGUCAUCAUGGUCGGAUUUGGAUUGUUUACUUUCAAGUUUGCGCACGGCUCUUAGUUGUUUUGCUUGUGGAAAAACUUUAAGCCAUCCUCACUCUUCAAACAAUGCUAUGUGCCAACAUCAUGUUUGCAAAUCCUGUUUAGAUAACAAUUUAUCUUUGAAAGUGAAUUGUUGUGAGUGCAAAAAUUACCAAAUGUUUUCAGAAAAUAAACAACUGUCUAUUUUAUUGGAGUGUUAUAAACAAUUAUGUGAAUAUAUCAAAAUAUCUCCACUUUUUCAAAAACUAGUUGAAUAUGAAAAUGUACAGAAUCAAAAUGAGCUUCUGGCAAUUGUUGGACAUGAAAAUAUCUCUGACACACCUGUGGUUCUAAAUUCACCUGUGUCACAGACAUGUAUUCCUGUGCCAAAUGUGUGUUCAAGUGAUGAAGUUGUUAGUCCUGAAAAUGGCAGCCCUAUGCAAAUUGAAAUACAAGCAAAAAUAGAGAAAACAUGGUCUUUUGAUGGGCUAAGUGAAAAUAACGUUUUUAAUGAUGUUGAAAAUUCAUCAAAUGUUUGUAUGUUCGAAAACAGACAUUUUAAAAAUAUUAAUCACUCUGAAAAUUAUUUGGAUCAAAAUAUCAAAGGAGAAACUUCUCAAUCUAUAGAAAAUGCACCUGUGUUAUCUCCAAUACCUGAACAGUCAGAUAUUAUUUGUUCUGGUGAAAUUGCGCCUGCAUUGUCUCCUAUUCUAUUUAAUCCAGAUCAAUUGAAAGUCAUCAAAUCUACAAUUGGAGAACCUAUUUUUCCUAAUGUCAAAAUUCCAAGUAAUUUAGUUAAUUCCAAGAUUGAGUUGUCAACAUCAUCAAACUAUGAGACAGAAACAAAUUCUGACAGCUCAUCUUUAUCUUCUAUCUCAAGCUCGCUUGAAAUAUCUCCUGUACUACAUCCACUUGGAAAUUCUCCGGACAAUCCAGUCCAGGAGCAGUUGGAUGAGUUUAAUCUUGUUCCCUCAUUUACUGCUGCAUCAGUUCUGGGACUUCCAUCUUCUCCUGACUUGGUGGUAUCUUCAGCUGCAGAUGUAUUGGAAUCUCUUGAAGAAGAGGAAACAUAUGAUGACUUGUCUAAUAUCAAUUUGUCUGCUUGUCCUUUGUCAACUAUUGAGGAGGAAGACGUGCAGAAUGAAGUCACUUCUCUAGCAAAUUCUGGACUAUCAUUUUCUAUUGUUCCAAGCUCCUUAUCAGUUAUUCCUGAGAAAGACUCCAAAUCCGUAUUGAAUAAUUUACCUAAAAUACAUGAAAGAAAUGUAUCUCUUACUAAAGAUUCUUCUUUAUUAUAUAUAUCUGAAUCCAUAAAAUCAAAAUUGCCUCCAUGUACUUCUGUAAGUUUGAAUGAACCUACAAGUAUUAGCCAAAGUCAAACUAACUCCACUGUCAUUGCUUCUGUUGCUAGUGGAACUGCACAGUUGAUGCAAUCUGUAAGCAUCAAUAAUGUCCAAAAAGCAAACCCUGUCAUUGCUCCUCAUCCAUUAACCAUUAGUUCUAGUGCUAAUUCUUUGCCCCAAACUAUUGUUUCAAAUUUGUCCCCUACAAAACCAUCAACUAAUUAUUUAGUAAACAAUAUUAAUCAAUGCUUGAUCACUCCAAUUUUAUCUCCCAAUCUCAAAACCAGUAUGAUGUCGCCUGAUGAAAUACAAACAAUCAUUGCAUCUAAUGCACUAUGCAGUAUCAAUUCUUCUCUCCUACACACUCCUUUGUCAGGAUCAUCAGUCCUGCAAACUUCUGUUGUACCAAAUGUUAUAUUGCAGCAGGCACCAUCCCAAAUAGUUCACAAAGCAAUGACAUCAGAGCCUCUAAUGGCUUCUAAGCCCAUGCAUCCUAUCAUACCAAAAGGUUUGCCUAAUACUUUAAAUGGAAAUGCACUUGUUGUGUCAACAAGUGAUAGUAAUUCUUUGAUAAAAUCAUGCAACUUAUUACUAACUCCUGCUACUUCUAAUUGUGACUCACCAAGACUGAUAGUUGGGAACUGUAAUCCAAAUCUUGUUCACCAGACAUUCCAUCCUGUCAUGUCUCAUCCAAAAUUUAAUUCUUCUUUAAAUCAAAAUUAUAUUCCUUAUUCAGUGCCAUCAACUGCUUCUGCAACUGCUAGUCUUCCUAUAAGCUACUCAUUAGGUGCCUCAACUCACCACAGUCCUUCCAUUGCCUAUACAGUUGCUUCCACAUCUGCUGCUAGUGCUUCUGUGUCAUCUAAUUUCCUCAAUAUUGUACCCGCUGGGACAAUUUUUAGUACAAAUAUUAAUGAUAGAAAAAUGAAUUCUGAAACACCUACCAAAAGUUCUCCAGUUCUAAAUAAUGGAGCAUCUUUAUACUCUGUUAUGUUUUCUGAGGGAGACAGUACAAAAAUUACUAUUAAGAGAACUCCUCCCGAGAAUAGCUUUGUUGCUAAUCCUAGUUUAAAUACUGUACAUAAGGUUCCUCAAAUUAGACCUGAUCAUGUAGUAAGUGUAAAUCUUCAUAAUAAUCAAUUCAAUCCAAAUUUAUUGAAAAAGCCAUUAGCGCCCAAAGCCAAACCCAAGCCCAAACCAAAACGGAAAGGCUGUCGCUGUGGCAAUGCAACUCCUUCUCCUGGAAAACUCACUUGUUGUGGUCAGAGAUGCCCUUGUUAUGUUGAAGCAAAAGCAUGCAUUGAAUGUCGUUGUAAAGGAUGUAGAAAUCCUCACAGACCUGGAGGAAAGAAAGUACGUCCUGUAAUCCCUCACCAGGCCAACAUUCGUAUCCAUCAAAUAAAGCCAGUUACUCUCCAACCUGCUGUGAACAAUUGUCAUGGUAAUUCUUUAAGUCCAGUGAUAGGAAUCCCUAUCAGCGUCUCCAAUCAAUUUUCCCAGCAAGGAAGUGCAAAUCACAUGUCUGGUGCAGCUAACAAUUAUGUUGCACCUUCAGUAUCUUCCUCUUCCUCAACAAUCCGUACUCUACAAGCUAUUCAUGCUGUUAAAGCUGUUCAAGGAAUCACUUCUGUUCCAAAAAUGGUUUCUGGUGGUCAGAUUUUCAAUCUGAAAGAUUCUAUUGCUGAAAAUUCAUUAGCUGUUAACAUCUCCCAAAAGUCUAUAGUGCCUACAUCUAAUAUGGUGUCUGUCAAAGCAAUGAAGUUUCAGUUUGAUACUCCAAAUAAUCCUUUACUAAACUUGGAUAAUUUCCCUCAUUCAAUUGAGACAGACAAUAGUGAUGUGGAAAUAGAUUCAUGAAGGAUUAUAUGUACCUUGUGUGACCUCACAAUAUGGUGGCAUAUUACUCAAAAUAAAUUUCAACCACCUCAUUAGCCUGCUAUAUUUUCAUAUAGGUUUCAUUCUAGUUACUGACCAUUGCAAUGAUCAUCAAAUUAUUGGAUUAGCAUAAAGUUGCAUUUCUUUCAUUUGAAGCUCUACUCUGUCAUCUUGGAUCAUUGUAUCUACAGUUAUAGAAUGUAAUGAAAAUUUAUAUUUCGAGAUUUUACUAUAUUGGUGCAUUUCAUUUAUACAUUCCUUCUAAAUAUUCUCGUGAUCUAAUUUUUAUAAGUGCAGUACAGAUAUUGUCUAUAGAUUCCAUUUGGCUCUGCAUUAAUGUUAUUCACAAUAUUAUUCCAAUCUGCCUCAACAUGCAUGUUGUGCAACAUUAGUAGAUGUCUUCCUAUUAUUACCGUCACAUAGCUGAAGUAUUCUCAGUUUAAAAGAAUGGCUUUUGGUGGCAUUGAUUAAAAUUUCUAAUGGUUGGCAUUCUUUAAAUAUGUGUUAAUCUUUGUGAAUUUACUUAUACUGCCAGUUCUCUAACAACUGUUUGACUUUUGAAACGAUUUUUAUCGCAAUUUUGUAUUCCUUAGAUGUCUUUUUGUGGAUGAGAUGUAUGUAUGCAUCACAUUAGACAGAAUGAAAAUAUGCAGACAUUAGGAAGAAUAUGAAAACAUAAACUGGUGAAAUUGUCUGUGUUUUCAUGAGUAUCUUUUAAAUUUGUUCAUAUUUCAUUAUGAAGAUUUUUAUUCAAAUUUCUCUCAUAAUGAUCCAGAUAUAUGUUUAACAUCUUGAAUGUUCUGAUUUUUCUUAUUUAGUGUAUAAUUUUUAUCAUUAUUUAAAUGUUCAAUAGUCUUGUAAUAGGAAAGUCAUGCUAAGGCUUAUUCAACCCAUGAUUGGCUAUUUUUUUGUACUAUUUCAAUCUUGGCUUUCAUUCAAUAUUUUAUUUCUCAGGUAGAUAACAAUAUUUCUCAUGACUUGUUGUAUUAAUCAAAUUAAUUUAAAAUUUGCUAAUGCACAUCCAAGGCUAAGUCUUUGUUUUGCUCUGGUGGACAAUCCUCAGAUGCCUUUGUAGGCCCUCAGCAUGACAUAUUUGCUUAUUAUGAAGCAUAAUUUGCUCUACCUCCAAAAACCAUGCAUGGUAUUGUCAUAAUUUGCUGAGAAUUAUUGUAUCCUUCCAAUAUUUUGGAACUUCUGUUAGAGAACUUGUGUUGUACCAACCGAGUUAGUUUUAAGUUUGAUGGAGUCAAGAAUUUCUAGUCGUCGUUCAUACAACACUCCUUUUCUUGUAGCUUAAUGACUCUGUGUACUUCAGACUUGCUAUUAUUUCUUCCAAGAAGAACUUUUAAGUAUAUUAGUGGCUAUGGUGAUGUUAGUAAUUUUGAUGUGGAAAGAAACUGCAAUGUAAUUCAGCACAUACAAGUCUAGUUACUAUAUAGGUACUGUGGAUGACUCUGCUGCUGCUCUGACUCUCAAAGCUUAUCUGAUUUAUCUUGUAUUUAUUUCAAAAAGCUUUCAUCUAAUUAGGAUUUAUUUGAGAACGCAUAAAUUUGGAUUUCUGAAAUAGCUGAACCAACCAUAUACAUUUUACUCCAGGGUUUACUUUCCUCAAGGACCGAUCUGUGAAGUUACAAUAUAACGUAACUUACUACCGACUUGAGGUUUGGCUGCUAUUGCUCAAAGAAAUUUCGUUCGCUAGCUUGUUUCAUUUUUUAUUCUGACCAAUUGAUCCCAUUUUCGAGUCGGUAUUCUUUCGUGAAUUUGAGCCGUUUAGUUCCACAAUAUGCUUUACGUCAGCUUGAAUUAUUUUUUGGUCUAAUGCUCCAAGAUGAUGCAAUUCAUCACAUUAGAAGUAGAAUUCCGUUAAAUUCGUAACUGUUUAAUUUUCGAUCGUGUUGUCACUUUUCUUAAUGCCAGUUCUUUAUAUCCAUCUAUGUAUCAAUGAUAUUUAUCGUGAAACUGAGCAAAUUAUUAGCCAAUGAAAAUGAUAUCUACUAGAAAUCGAUCUACCUAGCUAUUUCUAUCAAAUUAGAAGUUUGUCUAAACCACUAGCGAUCGUUUAAAAUGUUAUUCUUCUAUACUCCUGUGGAGGUUUUCGAACGACUUGAGCUUGACUUAUUGUUCCAAAGAGAAACAAUACACAAACGUGUAGCGAACAAUGAUUAUUCAAGUGUUAGGUGGGGAUUGCAGAGCAACAUGUUGUGUACAAACACGUUUAGGGAGCAGUGAAGUAGCGUUCAGUAUUUUUACACGUGUACAGCAUGACAGUCGAGGCUGCUAAGCUAGGUUGUGAUAUUUUUUUAUUAAAACUAUUGCGUAAUACUUUACUUGUGUGUAAGUUUGUAGAAUUUUGUAUAGACAAUUGAAUUUGUAUGUAUAGCAUGUACUGUCCAUAUCGUUCGUUAAGUCACCAUAUUGCCAUUAAAUAUAUUUAUUUCUUUCAA